AUGGCGGCUUGCUCCAGGGCCCCAGAGGAGACCAGUGAGGAUGUUCACAAAGUGCAGGCUGAGAGCCUGGCUAGGUCCCAGGAGCCCCUCCCUGGCCUCCCAGCUACAGAUCUACCCUGGAGAUCAGAUCCCUUCACAAUGCUGGGGCCCGGGGGUCCAGAUCGUUUGCUCUGCCUUCUCCUGCUUUUGGUCCCCCACAGCCCUGAGGGGGGCCGUCUUCCUCAGCGCAGGUUUGAGUACAAGCUCAGCUUCAAAGGACCAAAGCUGGCUUCGCCUGGGGCUGGAAUACCCUUCUGGAGCCAUCACGGAGAUGCCAUCCCAGGCCUGGAGGAAGUGCGGCUGGCCCCAUCCAUGCAGAACCGGAGUGGCGCUGUGUGGAGCAGGGAUUCUGUCCCCUUCUCUGCCUGGGAAGUGGAGGUGCAGAUGAGGGUGACUGGGCCGGGGCGCCGGGGAGCCCAGGGCAUGGCCAUCUGGUACACUCGGGGCAGGGGCCAAGUAGGCCCUGUCCUGGAGGGGCUGGCUUCGUGGGACGGCAUUGGGAUCCUCUUCGACUCCUCAGCUGAGGAUACCCAGAACAGCCCUGCCAUCCGUGUGCUGGCCAGUGAUGGGCACACCCCCUAUGAGCUGCUUGGGGAUGGAGCCAGACAGUUACUGGGCUCCUGCCACCGAAACUUCCGGAACCGGCCAUACCCCUUCAGAGCACGGAUCACCUACUGGGGGCAGAGGCUGCGUGUAUCCUUGAACAGCGGCCUCACUCCCAGUGAUCCAGAUGAGGUCUGUGUUGAUGUGGGGCCCCUGCUUUUGGCCCCUGGAGGUUUCUUUGGCAUCUCCGCAGCCACAAGCACCCUGGCAGAUGACCAUGAUGUCCUGUCCUUCCUGACCUUCAGUCUGAGGGAGCCAGGACUAGAGGCUCCCACCAAGCCUUCCCUAGAGUUGGAGCAGCUCCGCCUAGUGAGGCAGCUGGAAGGGCUGCGGGCAAGGCUGGCGCUGGGCACCAGGGAGGAUGUAAUUUUGAGGCCAGACUCUGAAGCCCAGGAAGCGGGGGAAAAGCACUUUGACCUGGAGGAGACGUUGAGUAGACACAGACAGAUCCUACGGGCUCUCCAGGACCUGUCUGAGCAGUUGGACCAGGCUGAGAGGCAAUGGAAGAAGCAGGCGGGGUCCUCAGGUGGGACCAGACCUGAGGGAGGCUGGGGCUGUAGUGUUGCUGGGGAAGGAGAGAGGGCUGGGCCCUGGGCCCUAGAGAAGAGGCUGGCUCUCCUGCAGGACUCUGCUAAGGUCAGCACCCUGCUCCAUGGGCAGCGGACUCUGCUCCGGGACCUGCAAGAGAUGAGGGCUACAGCUGCCCGAAUGGCCUCAGGAGCCCAGGUCUUCUACCUGCCUGUGGGCACUGAGCAUCAUUUCUUGGAGCUGGGCCAGAUCCUGAGCCUCCUACAGAAGGACCUUCGGGGCCUGGCGAAAGUGUCAACCAAGGCCCCCCGUCCACCAGGCCAGCCCCCAGGGGCCUCCUCAUGCCUACGGUUUGGCAUCUUUCUGUUCUUCCUCAUCAUCCAGACUGUAGGCUUCUUCGGCUACAUGCACUUCAGGCAGGAGCUGCACAAGAGCCUUCGGGACCCUUUGUCCAUAGACAGCCUUCCUCUGGGCCAUGCACCAUGUAUCCCCAAGGCUCUGGAGGUCCAGCGGAGGCAGCCCUUCUCCCCCAGCAUGCAUGCGUGA